CGCGAAGUCGCUUUAAAUGCGAUACUGAAACUUUGAUGGACCUGGUUCACUCUGCCAUCAGUAUGAGGAACUACUAGGGUUUGUAUCGGGCACCAAAGACAACGGCUUGUCUCUCUAGGAGGUGUUUAAAGGAACUUUCUUCUAGUUGAACUUCGAGUUCCUCAUCACCAGAAUACAAUGGGUCCGAAUUGGCAACGCAUCCGCCUCCCUAACCGCCAGCAUGGGGGCACCUCAAGGUUACGUGCUCGGUCCCCUUGUCGGACACAGUUUCAAUUCCACCUUUAAAUUCAUUGACGAUGCCCCGGCUGUUGGACAAAUUUCGGACAAUGAUGAGUCAGAGUAUUGAGGGAAUCGAUGAUCUGAUUGAAUGAUUCCAGAACAACAUCCUUGCUCUCAAUCUCAGUAAAACCAAGGAGCUGAUUGUUGAUGUUUGAAGAAGAAGGCAGGGGAUCCACAAGCCUGCCUUACUCCAUGGGUCACUGGUGGAGGGACUCAACAACUUCAAUUUCCUGGGUGUGCAUUUCUAUGAAGAUCUGUCCAGGAUGCAGCAUAUUGAUGCAAUCAUAGAGAAAACCCAUCAAUGCCUCUAUUUCCUUAGAAGUCUUUAGGAGAUUUGGUAUAUCGAUGAAUACACUCUUGAACUUCUGCAGAUGUACGGUAGAGAGCAUAUCGACUGGUUGCAUCAUGGCCUGGUUCAGCAACUCAAAAGCCAAGGUACGAAGGAGAUUACAAGUAGUUUAUACUCCCUGGUCCAUCACAGGUACUGACCUCCCACCAUCGAAGGGAUCUAUAGGCAACCAGCAUGAUCAAGGACCAAUACCAUCCUGGCCAUGCUCUUGUUUCUCUCCUGCCAUCAGGAAGAAGGUAUAGGAGUCUGGAAACUGUGGCCCACAAGUUCAGGAACAGCUUCCUCCAAACAAUCUUCAGACAACUGAACUGUGCAAAUUCAAAUUAAGCUUUAAACAACAACUGUCUUGGUUGCACUAGGGAUUUCUGGCUUUGUUUUUGGUUUGGGGUAUUAUAUUUAUUUAUUGAACUUUGUUUUGUUUGUUUAUUAUGUUAUCUAUUGAAUUCUGUAUUUACAAACCAGCUGUGCUGCUGUAAGUAAGAAUGUCAUUAUUCUGUUUCGGUACAUAUAACAAUUAAACAUUCUUGUCUCUUGACUCUCUUGAGCCUGACAUUGGAAGUCAAGGACACCCAGCCAGGACCCCUGGUGGUUGUUAAUGCUGGGAUUUGCCACCUUAACGCAGUGUGGUGCAGGCUCCACACCUACUGUUCCCGAGGUCUGGAUUGAACCUGGGUCUCUGGUGCUGUGAAGUAGCAAAUCUACCAGCUGUGUUACUGGGCUAUUCCGGAGCUAAGUCAAUUGACCUUUCAACACAAGCGCUAUCAUUUGUGUGACUGCAGAUUUCCCCUGACAUUCACUGCCUUCAGGCUCACUGAGGUUUCUGGAUGCCACUCUUAGUCAAAUGCUGAUGCUAAGGGCAAUCUCACCCAGUCUCUGGAACCUAGCACAUGUGUCCAUAUUUCAUCCAAGCCUUUGAUGAGGUCCAUGAAAUCCACAAACUGAGUAUGAUUGGGCAAGUUGUUUGGAAAUGCUGUCAAUAGCCUCCAUCACCAUACUAUUGGUUGAGAUGAGCCUGACGGGGUAGCAAUUAGACAAAGAGGUCAUACCCGGGCAGUCUCCCACAUAGUUGGGAAAGAUGUGAGUGCAGUAAUUGGAUUGGAUGGCUUGGCCAGGCCUAAUUCUGGAGCGCUGGUGCAGUUCACCACAGCUGGAAUGUUGUCUAGUCCCAUUGAUUUUAAUCUAUCUGGUGGACCUAUCCAUUAAUAUCAUGUGGAGUUCAUCAAAUUAGCUAAAGGUUAUUUUUGUGAUACUGCGGAUCCCAGGCCAAAGCCCAGAUCUGAAUGACAUUUCUCACUGAAGAUGGUGACAAAUGUUUUGCUUUGACUUUGAUGACAAUGCGUUGGACUGCAUUAUCAUGAAGGAUUGUGAUGUCCAAGAGCCUUGUCUGCUCAUUACCCGUUUAGUUGCCCAUCACAAACCAUCCUUACCUGGUAUGAUGUCCAAUUAUAAGCAUGUCUGAACGAUACCUGUAGGUGGUGGGAUUGCUUAGCUGUUGGGGCAAGACAAGGCCUGGGGUAGUUGUGGUGAAGAUUGAGACUUUGACUGAAAGGUAUCUAUCUCUGUGAGAGUGUAAAUGUCAGGCUGCAUUUGACCAACCGGCACCAGAGCUUUGUGACGAGGAGUUUGCAAUGUCAGAUUGGGAUGACAUUGGUCAUGCAUUUAGUUUUAUUCUCAGAACAUUUUGACAGGGCAUUUCAUGGGUGAUUUAAGAGUCAACACAUUGUUUGAAUCUGGAGUUACCCAACAGGUAAGAGCAGGUAAGGAUGUAUCCUUAAUCAGAUGGGUUUAAAAUAAUGAUUGGCAACUUUUAAAUUAUGGAUCUUUUAAUUAACUGGAUUAAAAUUCGGCAGGAUCCUGUCAUUUGUCCAAGCCCAGUAACUCCAACAACAUGAGAGCUUCCCCCUCUCUCGGAGCAGGAGAAAGAUUAUGACUCUUAGAAUGUUUUCAUAUCUUUGUAAUUAAAGAUGCCAAUGGUGUUAAUGAAACCUUUAGCUGCCAAAAACUAGAGUGUAAUUUCUGGAUGAAAGGGUCACUGAAACUGCUGCUAGCACCUUGGUGUUGCUUUAAUUAUGUGGCUGCCUCACACUGCGUCAGUUCUGGAUGCUCAGCCUCCCCUCCUCUCCCACAGGGCCAGCCUCAGCACGCUGCCAACUAAUCUGUGACCACAGCUUGGGAGGGCAGCGUGGAGAGUGCAUGGCCGCUCUGUGUCUUUCUCACUCUGGCUGGGCUGAGGCUGCUUUUGGUUCUCUACCCUGCAUGUCCUGCUGUGGCAAGUGUUCCAUUUAAAAGCUGACUCCGGUCCCAUUCCCCAUGGUCAUCCCAGACAUAUUCAGGCAAUCAGAUGAGGAGCACUGACAACAUAACCUCCCAGCCUGGUUGCCCAGCCCUUGGCCUUCUCUCCAAAAACACGCUGAAACAUAAGGUGGAUAUAAGGGUGCAUUGCAGGGUGAAGAAAUCAUCUGCCCUCAUCGUGAGAUUAAACUCUGAGCUGCCCUGCUAUGAAGAAGCCAGUUAUGUGCCUCCGAAUGUCCUUCACCAUCCUUCACUUCCUGCUACAGGUGGCAUUCUCUGCCUCCAGCAGCUCCACCAUUGGGAAGAAGGAAAUUACCAUUGAAGGAGACAUGGUCAUUGGGGGAUUGUUCCCCGUCCAUGAGAAAGGCAAUGGUUUGGAAGACUGUGGAAAGAUCAAUGAGCACCGUGGGAUCCAGCGGCUCGAGGCAAUGCUCUUUGCAUUGGAUGCAAUUAACAAGGACUCUGCCAUUUUGCCAGGGAUUAAGUUGGGUGCACAUAUCUUGGAUACCUGCUCCAAAGACACCUACGCUCUGGAACAGUCUCUGGAAUUUGUGAGGUCCUCGCUCACCAAAGUAGACGAGACAGAAUACAUCUGCCCAGAUGGGUCGUACGCCAUUCACGAUGACAUGGCCUUCGCCAUUGCAGGAGUCAUCGGUGGUUCCUACAGCGAUGUAUCCAUUCAGGUGGCCAACCUACUGCGCCUGUUCCAGAUCCCCCAGAUCAGCUACGCCUCCACCAGCGCCAAGCUGAGUGACAAGACUCGCUACGACUACUUUGCCCGGACCGUACCUCCAGACUUCUACCAGGCCAAAGCAAUGUCAGACAUCCUGCGCUUCUUCAACUGGACCUAUGUCUCCACCGUGGCCUCUGAAGGCGACUACGGCGAGACUGGCAUCGAGGCCUUCGAGCAGGAGGCUCGCUCUAGGAACAUCUGCAUCGCCACCUCCGAGAAGGUCGGCCGCUCGAUGAACCAGUGGACAUAUGACGGCGUCAUCAAGGCCCUGAUGCAGAAGCCCAAUGCCAAGGUGGUGGUCCUAUUCACCAAGAGCGAGGACGCUCGGGAGUUGCUGGCCGCCGCUCACAGGCUGAAUGUAUCCUACCUGUGGGUGGCCAGUGAUGGGUGGGGAGCACUGGAAAAUGUGGUCAAAGGCAAUGAGGAGGCAGCCAAGGGAGCCAUCACCAUCGAGCUGGCAGCUUACCCCAUCAAAGAGUUUGCAACUUACUUUGUCAACCUCAACCCUUAUAAUAACAGCAGGAAUUCCUGGUUCAGGGAGUUCUGGGAACAGAAGUUCCACUGCAGCUUAAGAACGGUGGCCUGCGGAACAAACUCAUUGAAAAAGGUGAAGUUUGAGCAGGAGUCGAAGAUCAUGUUUGUACUAAAUGCGGUGUACGCCAUGGCUCAUGGUCUACACAACAUGCAGCGGGCACUAUGCCCCAACACCACUAGCAUCUGCGAUAAGAUGAGGCCCAUGAAUGGGAAGAGAUUUUACAAGGAUUACAUCAUCAAGGUCCAUUUUGAUGCUCCUUUCAGGCCUCAGGACACCCACAGUGAGGUCCGAUUUGACACGUACGGGGACGGAAUCGGCCGGUACAACAUCUUUAACUUCAAGCGCAAAGGCGGCAGAUACGUCUACCAAAAGGUGGGCUACUGGGGUGAAAGGCUGACUCUGAACACCAGCUUGAUCCCCUGGGCCGUCUCGCCCACCCCCACGUCCCAAUGCAGCGACCCUUGCGCCAAGAACGAAGCGAAGAGCAUGCAGCCCGGCGACGUCUGCUGCUGGCUCUGCACCCCCUGCCACCCUCACGAGUUCCUCCGGGAUGAGUUCACCUGCGCGGACUGCGGACCGGGCCGGUGGCCCACCCACGACCUCGCCGCCUGCUACGACCUGCCCGAGGAGUACAUCAAGUGGGAAGACGCGUGGGCCAUCGGGCCGCUUACCGUCUCUUGCCUGGGCUUCAUCUCCACGCUGGCCGUGUUCGGGAUCUUCAUCAAGAACAACGACACGCCGGUGGUGAAGGCCUCGGGGCGGGAACUGAGUUACAUCCUGCUCGUCGGGGUCCUCAUGUGCUACAGCAUGACCCUGGUCUUCAUUGCCAAGCCGUCCACCGCGGUGUGCACCCUGCGCCGCUUGGGGCUCGGCUCCUCCUUCGCCGUCUGCUACUCGGCCCUGCUCACUAAGACUAACCGCAUCGCCAGGAUCUUCAACGGGGUCAAGGACGGGACGCAGAGGCCCCGGUGCAUCAACCCUACCUCCCAGGUGGCAAUCUGCCUGGCCCUCAUCUCCUGCCAGUUGCUCGUGGUCGCCGUGUGGCUGGUGCUAGAAGUGCCGGGCACCAGGAAGGAGACCACUCCCGAGAAGCGAGACGUCGUGACCCUGAAGUGCAACGCCAAGGAGUCCAGCAUGUUGACCUCCCUUACCUACACCGUCGUCCUCAUUGUCCUUUGCACCGUGUACGCGUUCAAAACCAGGAAGUGCCCCGAGAACUUCAAUGAGGCCAAGUUUAUCGGGUUCACCAUGUACACCACCUGCAUCAUCUGGCUGGCCUUCCUGCCCAUCUUUUAUGUCACCUCCAGCGAUUAUCGGGUUCAGACAACUACCAUGUGCAUCUCUGUCAGUCUGAGUGGCUCCGUCGUGUUAGGCUGCCUGUUUGCCCCCAAGAUCCACAUCAUUCUCUUCCAGCCCCAGAAAAACGUGGUGACUCACCGCGUGGCCACCAGCCGCUUCAGCGUGAGUGGCUCGGGGACAGUCCACUCUCACGUUUCCGCUGUGCACUACGUGCCGACUGUGUGUAACGGGCGAGAGAUCGUGGACUCCACCACAUCAUCGUUAUGAGGAUUGGAAUCAGCCCUCGUUCUCCACUGUUCCACUUUCUUCAACCCCUCCUGCCUAACUCCGUACCCCUUCUCCAUUCCACCUCUCCAGUCACCCCCCCCCCCCCCCCCCCCCCCUUCCCCUCCAACUCUUCCAGACCAGGGUACAAAAUAUAUGUGACAUGUAUAAAAGGUUUUUAAUAAGUAGAUCAUGUGUGAGUUAGUAAGUGUUGAUGUAAUUAAUGUAAAUAAAGUGUUUUUUUUUAUAAAUAGUCACUGGCAAUGACUUCUAGUUUUGUGGAAAUCAGUGAAGUCAUUAAGAUAAAGUGGUGUCGAGAAGAUACCAGUGAACGAAACUGGCAGCUAAUGGUUCACAGUGACUCGAUGAUAUCAAGUGUCAUUAUAUGUACGUUGCUCUAACUAGCCCCUGCUCCGUCCCAUAACUGGCUGCCCAUGUGCUCAGCCCUGUAGUUACUCAACUUCCCAGGUUAUCUACCUCUCCUUGAGGCUUCCAGGGCUACUGCUGGUAGCAAACAAGGAGUCGGGAAAUCUGCUCAGGGUGAUCCCAUUCCAUUAUCAUCUGGAGGGACUGUAGGAUCUUGCACACGUUGCAGUGAAGGAUGUUAUUCCAUAGGGUGGGUGGGAGAACUGUGUGUGUGGGGG